UUUGGGAUGCCGGCGAAACACCAGCCUGAUUUUAUCUACCUGAGACACGUCCCGUUGAGAAAGGUUCACCUGUUCACCAUUAUCCAGCUCAGCUGCUUGGUGCUUCUCUGGGUCAUCAAAACUUCCAGAGCUGCCAUAGUCUUUCCUAUGAUGGUCUUAGCCCUUGUGUUCAUCCGUAAGCUGUUGGAUUUUGUCUUCUCUAAGCGCGAUCUCAGCUGGCUUGAUGACCUCAUGCCCGAGAGCAAAAAGAAAAAAAUGGAAGAUGCACAGCAAGAGGAGAAUCAGUGUGUCUUGAUGGAGGAUGAAGGAAUUGUACAAGUGCCCUUAGAGGGGCAUUUUAAGUAA